CACCCACCAAUUAGUUAUCUGUGAACUGUCAGUGUCAAAAUCUAUACAGUCAAAUUGGUUGUCAACAAUAGAAAAUUAUCUUCAUUUGUUAUUAUUAUUUUAAUUAAUUUUAAAUUCAAGAUUAUAGUUAGAAAAUAUUAGUUAGUUAUGAAAUAGUGAAUUUAAUACAUAAGAAAAAUGGGUAAACACAAAAUGAUCGCGAAAAGCUGCCCGAAAUGCGAGUUACAGGUGACCGUAGCCUCGAAAUCAUGUAAAUGUGGCCACACAUUCUUCGCAGCCCGUCGAGGAGCGGACUGCUUACCGGCUGUAGAGGAUAUACGGAGACGAACCGGCAGAGUUAGACGGUCACAACCACAGUUUUACGAUGCUCAGCAUUAUCAGAAACAAAUUAAGAGAAGGUCUCCAAAGAAGCGGUCUCUGUCUCGCUCCAUGGACGAAGAUACUAAACCAAAGGAUAAAAAUGAAAGCGCCCGUGCCCGUCGUCGCCGCGCCCUCCGUAGAGCCCAACGCCCCCCUCCCGGCAACAACAGCGGGGAGAGGACCCGAGACCCCACACCACAACUGAGACCCCCACAAUUAGCAAGAUGCCGACUUAUUCUACAAGAGAUAAAUAGAAAGAUAUCUUCUGUCACUUGGCAGCCACCGGCGGAUAUGUAGUUUAUUAAAUAAUAAUAAAGAGAAUUUAUAAAUAUUGUAACUUAA